CGCCCCCUCCCGUCCCUUUCCAAUUACAGGAAGUCGACGUGCCUAAGGUGCUCGGUUCUUCACCCGAAGCUAAGGCCCGCAAUCCGGCGACUAGCACCAUCGAAUUUAGGCAUCCGACGCCACAAACGUCAAAACAAACAUCCACGAUGGCCUCCGUGUCAGAGCUCGCCUGUAUUUACUCAGCUCUCAUCCUCCAUGACGAUGAAGUCACUGUCACUGAGGACAAGCUCAAUGCCCUGAUCAAGGCUGCAGGAGUGACAGUUGAGCCUUUCUGGCCCAGUCUGUUUGCCAAAGCUCUGUCCAACAUCGACAUUGGCAGCCUCAUCUGCAACGUCGGUGCUGGAGGUGGAGCCCCAGCUGGAGCCCCGGCUGCUGGAGGUGCUACUGCUGCUGCAGCUGGAGGAGACGCCCCAGCCAAGGCAGAGGAGAAGAAAGAAGAGAAGAAAGAAGAGUCAGAGGAGUCCGAUGAUGACAUGGGCUUCGGUCUUUUUGAUUAAAUGGCUGUUUUUCUAAAAACACAAUAAAAUUAUUCCAAAAACGUUA